AUUGAAUUCAAUAGUCUAUCAUACCUUUAUCAAUAUCUAGAGUAGACACAGCUCUACGGCGACCAUGAACACGACGAAAUGGAGGAUCUCAAAGGCUUGUCAAGAAUGUCGCGCCAAGAAGAUCAAGUGCAACGGGGAGACCCCCUGUCAAAACUGCAGCAUGAGAAAUCUCAGUUGCGUCUAUCGCGAAAAGGCCCGUAAUCGGACGCGCAAGGUCAAACCGCGAACUGCAGCUUAUGAGACUAUAAUGUCUCACGAUGCCAUGGAGAGCACGUCUCUGGAACCCUCCGAUGAAGGAACUGUGCCGCCUACGCCAAAUGCCGACGACGCGGCAUCUGUCGGACCUACAGGAUCAGUAAUGGACAGUGAACGCAGUUUGACACAUAAUAGUGUUGCUGCGACACAUCGCGCAUCACCGUCUUGUUUCCUCCAGCUUUACUAUGGCCCCUCAUCGAAUUUCGCCCUACUCAACUCGAUCUAUCACCAAAUAGCAGGAACAUGCCCAAAUGAUCCUCCAUCACGCUCUGGAAUUGUCGAAGAAGUUGGUCCGGGUCUAGACCUAUUCAGUCAUCGGAGACUAUUCUUCGGAGAUUUGGCCGACAACCAACGGCCAUCAUCAGUACCAGACGACUGUUCAGCUAUGUUGAUUGACCCAGAUACUGCUCAUCGGCUACUCGAGAGAUAUCUUCUGACUUAUUGGCACGGUCUUCCCAUCAUGAGUAAAGACCAUUACCGCCGUCGCUUAAGUGCCCUAUAUCAACCGCCAGGUAUCUUUGAUUAUGAUGCACCCGAGACUAUCAUCAUCAUGCUGGCUGUAGGACUGGGAGCUUCAAUGACAGGCGAAGAAGCCAUUGCAGACUUUCUUUUUCAGAAAACCAAACAAGGAGUUGCCAAAUUGGAUGAGGUUGUGAACAUGCAGAUGGUUCAGAUACACCUCUUAAUGAUAAGUCAUACCUCCUGAACUUUGCUCUCAUAUAAGCUUACACACUCUCAC